AUGAGCGAAAUUCUAGCGCCAGAAGCCAUCGCAAAGCAAGCCCUUUCAAUAUGGGACACGAAUGCUUCAUGCUGGGACGACACCAUGAGAAACUCUGGGAACGACUACUGGACUGUUCUUGAGAUGCCCGCACUUCGAGAAAUGGCCGAGCUCAAACAUGGAGACUGCUCUCUUGAUCUUGCUACCGGCAAUGGCCUUGUCGCAAGAUGGCUGGUCGAGGAAGGCUCAGUUGCCGUUCUCGCGACGGAUGGUAGUAUGCCCAUGAUUGAUCAUGCGGUGAGGCGAACCUCAGAAUGGGCCACUGCCCAUGGGAAGCAGCGCGAGAAUAAAAUCACUUAUCAGCAAUUGAAUCCGGUUGCUAGUGAUGAGAUAGACCAAUUUGUCCAGAAGCAAAGUGAGAUGAAGCCCAAUGGCUUCGAUAUAAUUACAAUUAAUAUGGCCAUCAUGGACAUACCGGAUCUUUCGCCCUUGGCUUUACUUGUUUCUAAGAUCUUAAAGCCUCAUACCGGGCGAUUUAUCGCGACUAUCCUACACCCGUUAUUCUUUACAUCCGGUGCACCACGCCAUAUCGAAGCCUCUGAAGAUCCAGAAGGGAAUUGCAUAAUCAGCUGGUCUAUCCUAGUGAGCGAAUAUCUUAACGUUCCACCGAGAAGAAUAGCACCUAUUAGAAGUGAUCAACCAGCUAAACAGAUUGCAUUUCAUCGACCACUGCAUGAGCUCCUGGCACCCUUCUUCGCUGAGGAUCUUGUUAUGGAUAGACUGACGGAGCCAAACUUCGACGAGACUUUUGUUGAUGAAGCGAGACCAUAUGCGUCUAAGAACUAUACCCAGUUGCCGAAGAUCCUUGCUUUUAGACUCAGGCGUAUUUGCUGA